AUGUCCGUCGCUGAUCUGCUUCGAGAUUUCCUGAACGUCCAGGCGGAUCGCGCGCGGAUCUACCAUGCUUUCGAAGGGUACGAUGCCACCCUUCCACCGCGACUCUUGCGUUCGCAUCACCCCCUCAUCGCGUUCGCGGCGGACCUCUCAGGAGUCUCACCGGAUUCCGCCUUCCACCGCGCGUGCCAGGCCAUAACGGCCGACUUCACGCGCUGCUCGCUUAAGGUGCGCGAGGUGGAGGCGCAGCUGCGGGCGGAGGGCGUGGGGCGCGCGGACCUGGCGGACGUUGUGCGGCGCGUGCAGGAGCAGGAGCGGGAGAAGCUGCACCUGACGGCCGUGCAUCACGUGCUGCGCAAGUCUCUCCGUCCGUCCGACCGCCCGCGCUCUCAAAUCGUCUCCUUUCUGCCGCAGCGGCACAGGGACCACCCGCAGCCCCUGCAGCAGCCACCGCCACUGGCAGAGCAGCAGGGGCUGCAGCAGAGCGAGGGGCGAUGCGCAGGGCAUCGUGAGCAUGAUGGUGCUGCCAAUGGUGGUGCAAGUGGUGAUGCAAAUGGUGCUGCAAAUGGUGGUGCCGAUGGUGAUGUGCGGGUGGGUGAUGGUGAGCGGCAGCAGGGCAGCGAGGAGCAGGCAGGUGUGGGCGGCGGACAGAUGGCAGACGAGAGAGACACACAGACUCUCAGGUCCCACGGUGAUGCAGACACAGACGAGUGUGUCGGCACGACGAGGUUUGCAGGUGGGGAAGACGCAUCCACAGGUGGUGCUGAUUGUGACAUUGCCCGUGACCUGGCGCAUGCCUCACUGGUCUCUCCCGAUGCCCCUGUUCCAACCAGCAGCAUCCCAGCCUCCGCUGAAGCCCAGUCACAUGUUGUAACAGGAGGCCCUGCCCCAGGAGGCCCUGCCCCAGGAGGCCCUGCCCCAGGAGGCCCUGCCCCAGGAGGCCCUGCCCCAGAGGCCUCUCCUGCAGGGCAUGCUGCCCCGGUCCAGGGGCUGUCAGGCGUGUCCGCGCCGCUCCAGGGGAUCCCACCUGAAGCCGCUGCUGCCGCCUUCACUGCUGCACGCAGGGCAGGCGGGUGCGGGUGUGAGCACAGCAGCAGCAGAAACAGCAGUAGCAACGCUGGUGGUGGUGGCACGGGCAGUGGUGUGGUGGGGCAUGGGGAUGAGGACGGGGAGGGCGAGUGGGAGGAGCAGUGUGCAGUGGUGCGUCUAGAUGCGGAGUAUGAUGCAGCGGUGGCGGAGGUGCGGCAGGCCCUGGCGCGCAUAGUGGGGGAGAUCAAUGAGGCGCUGGAGGAGGUGCGGUAUGAGGUGGCGGAGCUGGUGGGGGAGUAG